UAAUUUCCUGUUCCUUAAACAGGUAGUGGUAUAUAUGAGGUGAAGGUAUAAUUAUACACAUUAAAGAAGCACAGACAUGGCAGAGCUCAGAGAUAACCUCAGGAAAAGGUGGGAUGUCUGUAGAGACGUGCCUCCCGUCGAAGCUCAGAAGACACCAUGGAAGCUGGUCAAGGUUCUCCGUUUACUGUCUAUCGCCCUGGUUGCCGUACUUGUGUUCGGUCUCGCUGUGGGCAGCAAGUCUUUCUUUCUGGUCCUGAUAACCCUGUCCAGUAACGUCACUCACACGGUUCCUGCUCAGAACAAGCCACUGCCUCUGCUGUGUGUCAGCUGCGCCAUGAUAUGUCCAAGUGUGUUGCUUCUCAUCAAAAGUCUUUGGAAGUUUAUCUUCAAGAAUUCCCAGACGCCCAAGAAGGUCACGGCUCUCUGGGUUGUGGUUGUUGAGUCCCUGGUGGGUCUGGGAUCAGCGGUGCUCACUGUGAUGGCCAUGCCACAUUUCGGCAUUGUCACCAACGCUAUGAUCCUGAACAGUUUGAGUCUCCUCUCCUCCGUCCUCCAGGUUGCUGCCCAAAGUGUGAAAGGCCAUGGAUACCGGUACCUCUGGCCCUCCAUCCUCUCCAUUGUUCUCACACUGGCGGGCUAUGUGCUCUUCAUUGUGAGCUACCUGCUUCCAGAGGGGGGGGAAAGGAUGGAGCUCUGGGUGGGGUUGGCUAUCGGCUCUGCCCUCCUGGUGUCCCUCACCUGGUGGCAGAACUACUUCACACUGUUCAACAACAGCUUCCUGGAUACCCUGGUUGAAGAUAUGGAGAACAGCAGGACCGUGGUUCACAUCCUCUCCAGUGUGGUCAGGAUCUUGGUGACAGGGGCUGUGGUUGGAGCCUACGUCCCCCUCUCGGGCAGAGACUGGUCAGCACUAACCUCAGUCGAAGAGAAAGAGAAACAGCUGGUACUGACUGUGAUGGCUAUCCAGGUUGGGUGUGCCGCCGUGUGCCACUGGUUUGCAGUGGUGGCCUGUAAGAUGCACGCACUGCGCCACGCCUUCGUCUUGCCCUUACACCUGGCUUCCAUCGCCGUCCUGGCCGUGUUCCUGGUGCCCAUCAGUCUCGCCUUCAAAGACUCCUCGCCCAAUGCAAACUACACCUUCACACAGUACUGCGCUGACAUGGCAAGCGACGAGGUCCCCAGCCCGGCUCCCGACUGGUUCCAGGGUCUGGUCAUGGAUGUCACUCGGUCUCUGUGCCUGAGGGAGAUGUCAGAGGAGAUGAACAUCGCGUUGAUAGGAAGUGCUUCCCUCUGCUGGUGGCUGGGGCUAGUGCUGUCCACCGUCUACAUCCUAUUUAUGAAAGUGGGGCGUAUAGAGAGGACCCAGGACUUUUUUGUCAGGAGGAUGUACGAGGGGGCGUUUCUCGAGCAGUCUCUUCUGCUCAACACACGCUUCGUGGUCAGACACAAGGAAAAAAAAAGGAGUAAAUGUGAGAAAGUGAACGUGUUCCUGUGUGCUACUAUGUGGCAUGAGUCAUAUGAUGAAAUGAUCAAGAUGUUCAUCUCCAUGUUCAGACUGGACAAAUACAGGCCAAAGGAUAACAGCCACCAGGAUGUAGAGUUUGAGUCCCAUGUCUACUUUGACGAUGCUUUUGUAGAUGUGAAGGGGAGCCGAGAUCGACACGUCAACGAAUACGUCGAGACCCUGGUGGACGCAAUCCGAGAAGUUUACACUAUUUUCCUGGAGGAGGACCCCAGCAUUUUCCGAGACAGACCGCCCAUGCCCGACCAGUUGAUCCUGAGAACACCCUACGGAGGUCGGCUGGAGUAUUCUCUCCCACAAGGAAACAAGCUGAUAAUACACCUGAAGGACAAGAAGAAGAUACGCCACAAGAAGAGGUGGUCGCAGAUCAUGUACCUCUACUACAUCCUUGGCUGGCGUCUCACAACUGGCUACUUUAAGAAACUUGACAAAGGUGAACCCAGGGAGGAGUUGGAGAAAAGCCUAAAGAAACAACAGGAAAACACCUAUCUCUUGGCUCUGGACGGAGACACAGACUUCCAGCCCGCUGCAGUGAUGCUGCUGGUGGACAGGCUGAGGCUCUACUCACAUGUAGGCGCCGCUUGUGGCAGGAUUCACCCCACUGGCACAGGUCCGAUGGUGUGGUACCAGAAGUUUGAGUAUGCAGUGGGCCACUGGCUGCAGAAGACAGCAGAGCAUGUGCUUGGCUGUGUGCUCUGUAGCCCUGGCUGCUUCAGUCUGUUCAGAGGCGCCGCCCUCAUGGACGACAACGUCAUGAAGAAGUACACCAUAACUGCCACGGAGGCGGGCCACUAUGUACAGUACGACCAAGGUGAGGACCGCUGGUUGUGUACUCUGCUCCUGCAGCAGGGCUGGAGGGUGGAGUACAACGCUGCAUCGGACGCCUACACCAACGCCCCCCAGGACUUCAAGGAGUUCUACAACCAGCGUCGGCGCUGGGGUCCUUCCACCAUGGCCAACACCCUGGAUCUGCUUGGUACGGGCUCCGUGACGUCCGAGAAGAACAGCUCCAUCUCCAAGCCCUUCGUCCUCUACCAGAUCCUCAGCAUGGCAGCCUCCAUUCUGGGCCCCGCCACCAUCUGCCUCAUGACCGCAGGAAGCUUUUCAUUUGUUUUCAAUAUCCAUCCCAACGACUCCCUUUUCAUCGCUGUUGUGCCCCCCACUAUCUACUUCAUACUGUGCUUCAAGCUGAAGUCGGACACACAGAUAACCAUUGCAGCCGUCAUGAGCGUUUUCUAUGCUUUCCUGAUGUUGGGAACGGGCUUGUCCAUCGUUGGUUCCAUGGUGGAGGAGCAGACCAUUUGGACCCCCAGUGGUCUGUUCAUCAUCUGUACCCUUCUGCUGUACACCAUCACGGCCAUCCUCCAUCCCCAGGAGGCACCACUGGCCAUCUACGGCCUACUUUACUUCAUCUGCAUCCCCAGUGCCUACCUCCUCCUGGCCAUCUACUCCAUGGUCAACAUGAACAAUGUCUCCUGGGGCACCAGGGAGACCGCAGGAGCAGGCAAGCAGGCAGCCAAGCCGCCCAAGACCUUGAGACAGCGCCUCCUACAGGGCUUGCCGGACUGCUGCAGGUGUCCAUGCUUGAGAGGAGAUGGUAUGGAGAUGAUGCCGGAGGAGACAGUGGUGAUGGGCCAGGAGGUGGGGAUGAGGGGCCAGGAGACGGAUGUGAAGCCACAGGAGAAUACAAGGUAUCUGGAAUCUCCUCCUCCUUUUCUGGAGCAAUGCUGGGUGACACAACUUCAGACCAGGACUGAGGACUAUAAUUUCAAAGAAGAACAUCUUCAAGAGGAAGAGGAGAUCUUUUUUAUAGAUCUGCAGAAGCGUUAUCUGGAACCUCUGAAGGAGGACAAAGUGAAGCAGGAUCAGAUCACCAAUGACCUCAAAGACCUAAGGAACAAGGUGACGUUUGUCUACUUCAUCUGCAACGCCCUGUGGCUGGUGGCCACAUUCUUCCUUCAGCUCAUCGGCAGUUCUGUCACCAUCAAGAUCCCCAAAGCCAGCCUAAACCUGACUGCAACGGGGGAGUACGUCUACAUAGACCCCAUCGGACUCAUGUUCCUUCUGGGGUUCGGAUUGCUCAUCUUAAUUCAGUUCCUGGCCAUGCUGUAUCACAGGAUUUACACCAUGAUCCACUUUGUGGCGUUUGUAGACACAGAAUCCCAGAAUGAGAAAAAGUCCUCCAAAUACAAACCACCAAAGAGACCAGAGGAUACAGCACAGCUUGGGGAGAAAGAGAAGAACAACAUGGCGAGCACUGAGGUGGAGAUGUAUCGACGGUAUUCUACUGCAGGGACCAUGGUGUGAGGCACCUUCUGGGACUUGAUAGCUUUUUGAUUUAGCUUAGUUAGUUGAUAAACAUGACUUUAAGCAUUACAUUAAAUAUGAUAGUCCAAACUAUCAAGGUUGCUUGGUCAACUAUAGGUAAAUCUAGGCAAAAGAUUUUGGUUUUGAAAUGUAAAUACAAACAGUAUUUUUUAAACCAAAGUAUUAGUAGUGAAAUUGAAAGAUGGGCUGUUUCUGCUGAGGGGUGGGUGUCUGCAUGUGAACAAUCUACUGCUACUAUGGCCAAGUCUUUGAAGCCAAGUACAUUUAAGACAAAGAUGAAGUAGUUUUGUUGUUUUAUUGUGUGUUAAGUCCUCCAACUGAGGUAUUACUCCUACACUGUAUGUUUGUAAAGGAUACAUUUUAUCUUUCAAGUGUUCAAUCGGAUUUCAUCCAUAAGUAUUGAUAUAAAUAUAUAUUUAACUGAGAAUACUAUUAUUAAUAACAUAUUCAUUCUGCACUUUAAACUUUGGGGGCAUUCAAUAAAUUGUUUGUUUCAAAAUACC